GUCCAGCGCCGGCGGCGCCCGCCCUCGCCAUGCUCCUGCUCCUGCUGCUGGGGCUGUGCCUGGGGCUGCCCCUCUGCACAGGGUGGCAGGAGCGCCUGGCGCCGGCCCCCGAGCUGCAAGAGGCGCGGAGCGGGGAUGACUCGUUGGAGCAAGUUGGACACAGGGUCCCAAGGCAACUCAGGCUGUUGCAAAGACUGAAAACCAAACCCUUGAUGUCAGAUUUUUCGGUGAAGUCUACCAUUAUUUCUCGUUAUGCCUUCACUACGGUUUCCUGCAGAAUGAUGAAUAGAGCUUCUGAGGACCAGGAAGUUGAGUUUCAGAUGCAGAUUCCAGUUGCGGCUUUCAUCACCAACUUCACUACUCUUAUUGGAGACAAGGUGUAUCAGGGUGAAAUUACAGAGAAAGAAAAGAAAAAUGGUGAUAGAGUGAAAGAGGAAAGGAAUAAAACCAGAGAAGAUAGUGGGGAGAAGGGGACUGAAACGUUCAAAGCUUCUUUAGUGAUUCCCAGCAAGGACAAAGCUGCCUUCCUCUUGAGCUAUGAAGAGCUUUUGCAGAGACGCCUUGGGAAGUAUGAGCAUUCCAUCAGCGUGCGGCCCCAGCAGCUGGUCGGGAGGCUGACGGUGGAAAUGAGCAUUCUGGAGAAGUCUGGAAUUGCAUCUCUGGAAGUGCUUCCACUACACAACAGCAGGCAGAAGGGCAGUGGGGCUGGGGAAGAUGAUUCUGGCCCUCCUCCCUCUACUGUUAUCAACCAAAAUGAAACUUUUGCCAAAGUUGUUUUUAAGCCUAGCGUGGUACAACAAGCCAAGAUUGCCCAGAAUGGCAUUUUGGGAGAUUUCAUCAUUAGAUAUGACGUCAAUAGGGAACAGAGCAUUGGAGACAUCCAGGUUCUGAAUGGCUAUUUUGUGCACUACUUUGCCCCUAAAGACCUUCCUCCUUUACCCAAGAAUGUGGUAUUUGUGCUUGACAGCAGUGCCUCCAUGGUAGGAGCCAAACUCCGGCAGACCAAGGAUGCCCUCUUCACCAUUCUCCAUGACCUCCAACCCCAGGAUCAUUUCAGCAUCAUUGGAUUUUCCAACCGGAUCAAGGUAUGGAAGGACCACUUGGUGUCAGCCACUCCCGACAGCGUCAGGGACGGCAAAGUCUACAUUCACCAUAUGUCGCCCACCGGAGGCACAGACAUCAAUGGAGCCCUCCAGAGGGCCAUCAGGCUGCUCAAUGAGUACGUGGCCCGCAACGACGUUGAAGACCGGAGUGUGUCCCUCAUUGUCUUCCUGACGGAUGGGAAGCCCACCGUGGGGGAAACCCACACUGUCAAGAUCCUCAACAACACCAGGGAGGCCGCCCGAGGUCGCCUCUGCAUCUUCACCAUUGGCAUUGGCAAUGACGUGGACUUCAAGUUGCUGGAGAAAUUGUCCCUGGAGAACUGUGGCCUCACCCGGCGUGUUCUCGAGGAGGAGGAUGCGGGCUCCCAGCUCAUUGGAUUCUACGACGAGAUCAGGACCCCUCUCCUUUCAGAUAUCCGCAUCAAUUAUCCACGCGACUUGGUGGAGCACGCCACCAAAACGCUGUUCCCCAACUACUUCAAUGGCUCGGAGAUCAUCAUUGCUGGGAAGCUGGUGGACAGGACCAUGGAUCAACUGCACGUCGAAGUCACAGCCAGCAAUAGUAAGAAAUUUGUCGUGCUGAAGACAGAUGUGCCCGUGGAGCCCCAGAAGGUGGGGAAUGAUGUUGCCGGAAGCACGAGGUCCAAGGGGGUUGGUGAGGAUGACCCAAACCACAUUGAGCGUCUCUGGAGCUAUCUCACCGUGAAGGAGCUGCUGAGCUCCUGGCUGCAGAGUGGUGAUGAGAGGGAGAAGGAGCAACUGAGGCAGAAGGCCCAGAGUCUGGCAGUGAACUACCACUUCCUCACCCCAUUCACCUCCAUGAAGUUGAAGAAACCAGCUGUUCCGACAGAGGGACUAGAAGACAGCUAUGGCAUGUCUGCCGCCACAGGUCCCGAAACAGUGAUACAGAACCUGCAAGGGGCCAGCGUGCAGUCAGAACCUGCUCUCAAGAAACCAUACAACCCAAGAAUUAAAAUCUCUAAAACAUCAGCUGAUGGAGAUCCCCAUUUUGUUGUGGAUUUUCCCUUGAGCAAACUCACUAUCUGCUUUAACAUUGAUGGGCAACCCGGGGACAUCCUCAGGCUGAUCUCUGACCACAUGCAUUCUGGUGUGACCGUGAAUGGAGAGUUAAUUGGGGCCCCGGCUCCCCCAAAUGGUCACAAGAAACAGCGCACCUACUUCCGCACUAUCACCAUCCUCGUCAAUCAACCAGAGAGAUCCUAUCUCGAGAUCACCCCCCACAGAGUCAUCUUGGACGGCAGGGACAGGCUGGUUCUCCCUUGCAAUCAGAGUGUGGUUGUGGGAAGCCGGGGGCUGGAGGUAUCAGUGUCUGCCAACGCCAACAUCACUGUCACCAUCCAGGGCUCCAUCGCCUUUGUCAUCCUCAUUCAUCUCUACAGAAAGCCUGCGCCCUACCAGCGAAACCACUUGGGCUUCUACAUCUCCAACAGCAAAGGACUUUCCAGCAACUGCCACGGGCUGUUGGGUCAGUUCCUGAACCAGGACGCUAAACUCACAGAGGAGCCCGUGGGUCCCAGCAGGAACCUUCCAGAUCCUCCAUCCCCUCAGGCAGGGAAGCGGCCUGAGACCAUCCUAAGGGUGAAGGGGCACCGAGUCCCAGUGGUCUGGAAGCAAAGGAAGAUCUACAAUGGGGAAGAGCAGGUAGACUGCUGGUUUGCUAGGAACAACGCCGCCAAACUGAUUGACGGCGAGUAUAAAGAUUACCUGGCACCUCAUCCUUUUGACACAGAGAUGACGUUUGGCCUGGGAGGACCCAAGGGACUCUGAAACGAAUGACCUUAAUGAUAAGUGUGCACAACAGGGAAAUGGUCUUUGGGGAUACUGUAGUGCAGCUCAUCUUGUUGCUUGGAUGUGCCUCAUCUCUUGGCAAUUAGCUGCCCUCCAUAACCUACCCCCGGUGGAGUGUAGGUCUUAUGUCUGCUUGAACAAAGGGUAGGGGAAGGAAGCUGGGGUGAAAGUGUUAUUUCCUUCUCCUUCCUCUUCCUGCCUUCCCUCCUCCUUAUCUAUAGUAGAGACAGAUGGUAACAUCAGGGGGAGAAGAGUCAUAGCUACAAUCAAGAAAGUCGAUUCUUGCACCAACUGUCUUGCCCAUCUCGCAGCCUUCCAUAAGGUGACCUUUUCCAGAAGGGAGGUUGUCAUAAAAUUUGUUAUUCUGUGGAAAUGGCCAAGUGUGAGCAUUCUGCUUUUUGCCUUAUACUAAUGCAUAAGAAUCUCUCCUUUUAGUAUGGCCUCAUUUUCCAGCUGGGUGGCCGAGCUCUGCCUCAAGGGAAUCUCUGAGCCCAGAACACAGGUCUGGCAAAUAGCACAUAGAUUUGAUUACUGUAAACAAUUAAGUCCUUUUCUUUGGAGAAGAUUUCCUACACUGUGAUAAUCAUUUGCAUAUUUAAAAAUUUAUUGAAAAUAGAAAAUCUGUGUCCCAGACACCGAUAUCUUGACUUUGCCAGUGACAUUCUCCUCUUAAUUCCAAUAAGCCACGUGCUUUCAACAAGCCGGACAACCCCACGUGGAUAUUUUUUCCCCUGGCCCGACUUGGUGCUGGAGAAUUGACCAGUUGGAUGAUGAAUCUUUUACUUGGACCUCUUCCGCCUUUGUCAAUGAUUCCUGGACUUUUUCUGGUCCUUCAGGAGGUGGUAAAUCACGCUGGAGCAGUGCUGGCAUGGUGGGGUGGUAGGGUGUGUGUGGGGGAGGUAGAACCUGCAGACCCUGGGUCUAUCAGCCUAACUAGAGGAUCAACUUGCACAUUCUCGGCUUACAAAGUCCAAAACGACUUCUCACAUCUCAGCAUGUAUGAGGGGCUUUAGGUUCAGAAGUUGAAAAAAAUCUAGCCCUGUAAGAAAAAGUUUUAAGUCAGGGGGGGCUUGAAAAGUCAAGAAAUGUCACCCUUCUCAUUAUGAACAUCCUCUGGAAAGCCUGUUCAUGUUAUCAAAGGGCGAUGAGCUUGCUAAUGAUGGCCCAAUGCCUCCUUUUUAGCUUUUUGCUUUGCUGGUCUCCUCGGGACCCCCGAGGUGCCUAAAGCCCAAUCACAGGAAGCAGAUUGAUGCAGGGGAGGCACUGGAGCCAAACAGGACAGAAGUAAAGAUUUUGGUCAGAGAAACACACUAUUUUGACGUGGGACAGAUCUAAAGGCUUUGUGUUGGCUACGGCAUGUAAGAGAGGCUUGGGACUGUCGGGAAGGCAGCCAGAGGGCUCUUGUAUGGAAUGUGAACGCGUAUUUAGCACUUGGGGAGAAAUCAGAGUUAAGAAAAUUGUUUAUCUUGUUGAUCCUCCCAUGGGAGACAUCUGAGCAACAAAAUGACAUCCACAUGUGCCUGUCGGACCCAGACAGCUUCUGGAGAGGAAGUUAACACUGGGUGACUUCAAAGUCCUCCUUCGGAGUCUCUAUCUUUCUCUUGGUCUCAUCAGCUGUAGCUGGCAGCAGACACCCAGGCUUAUAUUGAGCUGUCCACUUCCCAAAUGCAGCUGGCUGUUUUUGUGCAGAUGUGUGAAGACUACCAGCCCAAACUGCUGAAGGAUGCUUUUAUAUUUUAGAACUAGAGAAAGAGAAGGAGCAUGAGCCAGGGCUAGCCAGGGCCUGGGCAGGCUCCAUGGGGGCCUGACUAGUCUCUGUGUCCCAGCUGGGCAGACAGCCCUGGAGUUGGGAGGAUCAGCCCGCAGGGGAGCACUUGGAGCACUGAAGUCUUGUCCCAGUUGUGAGCUCCCACAAUGCAGAGGCAGGAGGAUUGCUAAGCACUGUGAGCCGCUGUUGCUUCUCCCUUAUUUAAGAGCAAAGGAAAAUGCUCCAACGCAGUACCCAUCACUUACUCUCCUAGUUGGAAACAUAAACACAUAAAUUAAGAGUAUCCAUGUUGAGCAUCUAUUUUGAUGUUUUUGCUUCAGAUAAACACCACUUUUCUCUCUCCUCUGGUGUCCCGCAGCAACUUAGUUGAAGCUGAAAGUGAAGGCUAGUUACAUUCAUCUCUUUUUACUGUAAAAGGGAUUCACCAUCUGAUUUUCCUGUGUUAACCAAAGACUGAUAUCUGUAAGGCUGGAAUCCCACACCAGUGUUAGAUUUAAGGGCUUUGGAUGCAGUUGAAAUUCAUAGUAUUUUCUGUUGACCGUGUGUGCUGUAAUUAGCAGGCUUUUUAGAGUAAAUGUAGAGGAACGGAGAAAUUCGCUUCUCAGAUGGGGAAACUGAGGCAGAGUGCAACUGAGUGAUUUUUCCCAAGGUUAUGUGAAAGACUUUAGAGAAGGGCCAGGCCACACCUCCAGAAGUCAUAUUGUUCGCUCUGACUCUAUCUUGUUGCCUGGACAAUGCUUUCUUUUCCAUGGGCAUUUAUAAAUCAGGGGAGUUACUAAAUGAGUAAUUGAACAAGAUUGAGAAGUAUGUUGCAAGUAGAGGCGAUAAAUCUCAAUGCCAUCAGAAGAGCUCAUGGUAAUGAGUCAUAAUCUUUGGCUUACUGGGGCUUUGAGCAAGGUCACCAGCUCUAGGUUCCGAUCCCCUCCCUCAUCUGAAAAAGGAAGGCAUCUGAAUGGGUCAUCUUUGAGGUUCUUCAAAUAGAAGUUUUACAUUCCCAAAAUAAAAAUGAAGGGUCGUGGGCUGAAAGUUCUCUACCCACCUGCGUAAGUGCUGUAUCUUCCUCUACUUGACUUUUCAGUGAUUCACUACUUGAGGCUGGGGAAGGGGGUGUUUGGGCAGAAAAACCUAUCCAAGCAUCCCCUCAGAGCCGGGCAGCUGUGCUGAGACACAGGGCCACUGGGAAUUGGGAUGAGCAGCUCAGAUGGAACAUCAGAUAUUUAAUUGAAUCAUGUAUCCUCACAGGUGUAUUGGAGACAAGAUUCAUGCCUUUAAAUUUACUUCUUGGCUAAACGGAAUCAAUGAAAAUAUGGGUUAAUUUUUCCUUUCUUCUAAGCUACCCAGAAUAUAUACAAACAACCUUGCUAUAAAAAGAUGGAAAGAUUCUUCACAUGAAAAGACCAUGAUCCAGCUAAGGCAGCAGAAAAUAAAGUGACACAGCUAGGCAAAUACUUAGAAAUGUAGCUUCAAAUAUUUAUUUUAGUCAGUUUUAAAUAGCAAGUAGGGGACAAAAGAGUUUGCAUUCAUGAGACAUUUUUCUUAAAAAUUAGGAAGAGAAUGACAUCUGAAAACAAACAACAUAUCGGUGUGUUUAGUUUAUGAGGGGAAAUGGAAUUGUGGCUGUAGAAAAGAAAACAUGAUUUUAACCGCAUUGCUUAUUUGUCGGAAUUUUUGAAUGACAUAACAUGAUAUGUAAAUGGAGUAGCGACCUGGGAAAAUAAUAUUAAAAUAACACAAACUACUGUAUAGAACAGCAAAUUUAUACUAUUCAAUCUUGAGCUCCAAAAAAACUGUCAGUAUGUGGGAAUGUCUCAUACCCUUUGUCCAUUUUUGUCUGGGAAUUCUGAUAUCCCAUAGCUAUAUUGUCUUCUUAUCUGGGUCAUUCAAAAUAAUCCAAGCAAACCAAAUAAACCAUCAAACCUUGUGCACAUACUUUGAUCAUUAUCUUGUUUGUUUUUUUUUCAUUUUGGCUCAGGGACCUUUUCCCUUUUCAAGUAGCAUUUCUAGCAUUCAGGAAUUCCCACUUCCAGUCCUGAGUUCCUGCUGGAUCUUUAGAUUCAUGUUGAUCUGUACUGAAUUCUGAAUGAAACAACACCUAAUUAGAACAAAAAGAGACACAGAACAAGAGUGAUUUAUUACUGGUAGUCUGGAUUAAAAAGAAAACAAGCAAAAAACACUGAUAUCGAGGACCUAUGGUUUCUCUGUCAAAUGAAGAAAUUGGACUAGAUAAUUUCUAAGGUCCUAUGACCUUCACUUCAUUCAGAUGAAGACACUUUCUGAAUUGCCAAAUGAAUAAAUGACAAAUUAUUCAUUCAGUGACUCCAGUAUAUUUUGAGUUCAGUGUGCCAGGCCCAGGGAUUCAGAGGAAAACAAAUACAGUUCAUGCCUCCACUGAGUUCACAGUUUGGAAUAGAAGACAGGAAAAAAAAUUACAAAGAUUGAAAUAGAUGUGACAAAUAUCAUGAUAAGAGAAUUUUGUAGGGGGCUGUCAUUUGAGCACAUCAGAAGGACAGCCAAGAAGGUAGGAAGGAGGUCAAGAAACUAUUUCAAAGAAGACGAGCAGAUAUGGAGGCAGCCACGUAAAAUAUGUUUUCUAUAACAUUAGGCAAGUGGGAACAUCUUCCACGUUGAAGCCAUCUUCUUAUUCCAUUCAGCUUCAAGCACGGCACUACAAUGGGUAACGCUUGGUGAUAUGCUAGGUUCCGUCUUGCCCUUGGCCUGUGCCAGACUGGUCUCUGGCCAUGCAUCACCCAUUUCCUUCCCUUCUGCUCCCAAAGUUAGAGAGAAUGCCUGGGGCAAGUCACAGCCCUCUCCAAUGGGUUGGUCCAUCAACAGGGCUCUAUCUACUAUUGAGCAUUUAACUUAAUGCAUCUGUUUUGACCCAAGUAUGUUUCCUUCAAUGGCUGUUCCAAGCCUUCAGCUUUUAGGCCACAGUGCUUUGUUAGGCCACAGUGCUUCACAUAACAAUGCCUCCUGUUUUGCUGAGAAAAUUGAAGAAGGAACACCUUCCUUUACUCUUUCUCACGUCAAAGCAACUACAUCAUCACAUACAUUGGUCUCCCCCAUCCUUCUAAGUAUAACUUUGCCUGCCCCCAUCCCUGACUCUAUCUAUCCAUUCUCACCUCCAUCCCUGAUGCCAUUCCUUCUCAUCUCCAUCCCUGAGCCCAUCCCUUCUCACCUCCAUCCCUGACCCCAUUCCUUCUCAGCUGCAUCCCUGACCCCAUCUAUCCAUUCUCACCUCCAUCCCUGACCCCAUCCCUUCUCAUCUCCAUCCCUGACCACAUCCUUCUCACCUCCAACCAUGUCCCCAUCCCCUCUCACCUCCUUCCCUGACCCUAUCCCUUCUCACCUCCUCUGGGUAGUUGUCUUAAUGUUUCCCCCUUUUCCCUAGAAUCUUCAGAUCCUUACCAGGCUCUUCCUGCUUGAUUUAAAAUAUUCCAAAAGUCUUCUCUGUUCUGAAACUAUUAUCCUUUGAUGAUGUUCUCUUGCAGCUUCUAUAUUUCUUUUAUUUUGGUGCCAGUUGGUGUUUGGGAAAUCUCUUUUUUUUUUUUCACUUCCUAGUCAGGUGCUUAACUCAUCAGAUUCAGCUUUUGUCUUUGCCACAUUAACGGAAACACCUUUUCAGACAUCACGUUCCCAUUCCCAAUGUCCAAAUCCAGCUAUGAGAGUCCCCAACCUGUACACAUGACCCUGUUGGCCUCUUCCUCUGUCUUGAAAGGUGGACAUUCCUUUGCCUAUUUCAUGUGAGUUUAAAAUCUUUCCUAGUAUCCUUGGCUAAUUUUUUUCCUUCUGCAAACCUGUGGGCUUACUGUAAGAUUCAUCUUUGGUCCUUUAUACUUGCUUCCCUGCACUGCCUCCCUUGGAGGUUCCAUCCGCUUUGUGGCUUCAAAGGCACCUCCACAGAGAUGACUCACAGAUAUAAAUCUUCCAUGUUGACUUCUCCUUUGAGGUCACUGCUAUUCUGAUUUCACCUCAAACCCAGGAAUAAAAGCAAAUGUUCCAUCUUCAAAGUGUCUAUGUUGAUAUUAUAGGUAUUUGGGAUUGGGAGGGAAACCUCCAGCACCAUCCUUUACAAGCUGCAUGUUGCAAAAUAAAGUGGAAAUAGGUGCAUGUGCCCAGUGCAUUUUAUGGGAGGCCAACUGAAAAUUAAUUUGUGUCAACAGUCUUCCUGAAAAUUCUGUUAAUCUACUAUUUUCUGAAAACAACAGCUGUGUUUUUGAAAGAGAAGACCCAGUGUCCUGAGUGCCCACUGGGAAUUUUUGGUUAUAUAAGUUGAAAAUUAAAUGUACUAAGCUAUUGAUAUGUCAGUUACAUCACUUCCUGUACUAUGAGUACAUACGUUAUUGUAAAUACAUUUUCACAUGCUUUUUUAAAAAUAAAAUUUAUUUAAAAUG